AGGAAAUAAUGUUGACAUAACAGUUAAGGCGACAAGAUAAAAGUCACAGGUAAUUCCAGGUAUGGCACCUAAUUUACUGCCUUUUCUAAUCUGGACCAAUAACAAGUAACAAAGUCGUUAAUUACCUGUGCAGGUGAAUCAAGGUAACAUCGUUUUGAUGAUAUCAUUUCCUAGGAUUAUACUUUGUGUCAUAAGAACAGAUGUGACAUUUCUUCGUUUAUUUCACAUUGUUGGCAGAAUUCUUGUUUGAUUAAUGUAUUAUGGACUACAGUUUGGAUUUUACCAAGUUAUGUUACACCAGACAUAUUUGCUUCAUUGGACAGUUUCUGCUGAUGUAAUUGGAAAUAAAUUUGCAUAUUUGUGAUCAAAAUUCUAUAAGAAUGCGAGAAGGAAGAAUGGAAGAUGAGGAUUAUUGCUACCGACCAGAAAGUGAAGUAGAAGCUGAUAGUGACCAUGAAGAUCAAGAUGCUGAAAAUGAACUGGGACAGUGGUUAGGACAAUUGGAAACUCUGAAAAUGGAUUUGGAUUCCGAUGGGACAGAUACAGUACGACGUAGAAACAAAACAAUUGUGACACCUAAAAUGGCCAUGGAGAGUUUUCGCUUCUCUUUUCUUAAUUCUGAUGAAAAUCAAGAUGUCAAUUUCGAUGCAAUACUUGGAGAAUUAUGUGAUCUGGAAAUGCAACUUAACACAACAGAGUAUGAAUUAGAUAGGAACAACAUGGGCCUCGUCAAAGAUGAACACCGGGAUAGUGGCAAUGAUUUAGCUCAAUCAGAAUUAGAUGCUUUAGCCUCAGAAAUUACACAAAGUUUAUCAUUUAGACACAGUUUACCAUAUGGUGAUUUGGAAUUAUUACCGGACCAAUUUCUUACUCGACGAGGAUCAUGUUCUGAUGCUCACGAUAUUUGUGAAACAGAUUCUGCUUUUUCAGAAAAUGCCUCUCUUCCAUCUUCUGAAUCCUUCACUUCCAUGGUUACAGUAUCGUCUUCUGCUGAAGCUUCCAGUUCUGGUUCUGGUGAUUCAGGAAGUACAGUUAGUACCAGUACAGUGACACCAUUCUCAGCUCAAGUCUCAGAGAUGCAUGAACUUUUAAUGUCUCAGUUGAGUUUGUUUGAAGAAGAACUCCAUAAAGAGAAUUGUCCUCCUGAUGAACAGAAAGCAAGAUUAAAAGCAGAGAAAAUAAGAAUAGCUUUAGAAAAGAUCAAGGAAGCCAAAAUUAGAAAGUUGUUUGUUAGAGCUUUUGCUAAAGAUGGAAGCAGUAAAAGUAUUUUAGUUGAUGAGAAAAUGUCAAUUGGUCAAGUAUGCAGUAUCCUGGCUGACAAGAACCAUGUACGACUCAAUGCUAAACUAGCUGUCAUAGAACAUAUGCCUGAUCUUUAUAUGGAGAGAAUUUUAGAGGACCAUGACUGUCUAGUAGAGAAUAUGGUAAUGUGGACCAGGGACUCUAGAAACAGAAUCCUGUUUGAAGAGAGACAAGAGAAAUUUGAUUUAUUUAGGCAACCCGAGAAAUAUUUAUUGGUCAGUUCCUCAUCAGAGAAAGGUGCCUCAUUAGCACCUAACCAGAGACACAAACUUGUACAGGAAUUCUUCAAUGGAAGUGCACAAGUCCCAGAGGUUGAAGGUGUGAUGUAUCUGAAGUCAGAAGGAAAGAAAGCAUGGAAAAAAUUUUACUUUGUUUUGCGAGCUUCUGGACUCUACUAUAAUCCAAAAGGGAAAGUCAGUAAGGCUCCCAAAGAUUUAACAUGUAUGGUACAGUUUGCUUAUGUGGAUGUGUACUAUGGCCUCGGAUGGAAGAAAAAAUAUCAUGCUCCAACAGAUCAUGGAUUUGCUCUGAAACAUCCUCAGAUUCAGAAGAAAACAUCAAAAUACAUACGCUACUUUUGUACAGAAAACAAAGCUGCAUUGGAUCAGUGGAUCAUGGGUAUUAGAAUGGCUAAGUAUGGCAAACAAUUACAGGAUAAUUAUGAAAAACUGAGAACUGAAGUCUCAACAUGGGACUCUAGAGAACUUAGGACAAGUGUUUCUGAUCCAGACACAUUUGAUGAAAGUUUGGAAUUUAUUCCUGGAAGUAGCUUACAAGAUAGUCGUUUGUCGAUGCCAGAACCUGGAUCUCGUCAUUCAAUAGUUCACGUUCAGAAUUCUACAUUAGUAAGAAAUAGCGCUGGGAGUGAUACAACUAUAUGUGAAUCUUCAGAUGAAAUCAUGUGUUUAGAGAUGACAUCACAUCAUGAACGCAAAUCCUCUUUAACAGGGCAGAAUAUGUAUGAAGUGCAAAGACCUGUUGUUAAACGUGUGUCGUUCAGUAAUACACAUUCUGUUAUAAAUUCUGAGGGAGAGGAAAUUGUUCCCUUACGGCACAGAGAUUCUAUAACUAGUUCUUCAACAGAAUCAAGUGAGGAUUCUAUUUCAAGUGGAGAAAUGCGCUUCAAUAGUGUUUCUCGUGCAAGCAAAAUGCGAGCUAGAAUACCAGUUACAACUGAAACCACACGACACAUGUCUGAAAUGUAUCAACAAACAAUGGAUGGAAGUAGUAUAUCAUCUUGUGAAUCUUAUGGAACACAUGAAAGGAAAUCCUCACUUACAAGUCCGAUUCAUUCUCAUAGUUUUACUGAAAAAGACAGAAGGAAAUCUGCUCCUGUCAUUCAUGGAGAAGGGAAAGAAACUCGACAUGAAAGGAAGAGUUCAGAUUCAUCUCGCGAAUUCAAAGUACGUUCAAUUUCUGGAGACAAAGAGCCACUUUAUGAAAAUAUGCAUGAAAGAAAGAGUUCUGAUGACUCAAGAGAAUUUAAGAUUCAUUCUCGUAAAGCUUCUAAUGAAGGAGUAAAAGAAUCACGACAUGAGAGAAAAAGUUCAGAUGGAUCUCGUGAAUUAAAGGUUCGCUCCCAAAUUAUUCCGUCAGAAAGAGGAAUUCAGGAAUCACGACAUGAUAGAAAAGGUUCAGAUGGUUCAAGAGAAUUAAAAGUUCGCUCUCAAGCUAUUCCCAAUGACAGAUACAUACAAGAAUCUCAUCAUGAAAGGAAGGGAUCUAACUCGUCGCAAGAUUCAUUAAAUCGUCAAAAUCAGUGUGACAAAAUAUCAGGUAUUCAUGGGCAACAAUUACUGACUGAUGUAAAACGAACAGGUUCUCCGCCCCCUCCCAACAAACAAGUGCAAUCGACACAGAAUUAUAAACGACCACAAACUCCACCACCAACUAGACCUAUUCAACCAAUUGAAGAAGUUGUUCCGCCUUAUUCAAGUUUACCAAUAUCACCACCUCCUAACAGAGUAAUGUCUCCAGCACCAAGUAGGGAAAGGCUUUGUACACCACCACCACCCCCGACUAAUUCAACUAUCUGUAAUAUGAGAGAACGUUUGACAUCACCACCACCACCACCUAUCCAGAGAGUUAUGUCACCACCUACUGUCAAGCGAGAGAUGACCUCUCAUUCUAGGUCAAGUUCUAGUUCUAGUCAUUACAGCAAUCUUAGUACUGAGGACCAUUUUCCAGUCCCUCCUGGAGAGUGUCACAAGAUGUCAUCAUACCCACAACCUCCAUCAACACUCAUGUCUCCUAUGUCAAACAAGUCAAUGGCUACACCAGCUCCAUAUCAAAUGACUUCACCUGGAGUGUCAAACAAAGUCAUGCCACAAUCAUUACCACAUGCAAUAAUGUCACCUCCAAUGCUCAGCCAUCAGCCAGCUUCACAAUUAGUAAUGUCACCUCCUGCGUCUAAACAUUUCCCCCAGAAUGCACUACCAUUGUCUCAUCCAAUAGCAUCACAGAUGUCACCUCCUGUCUCCUCUGAUUUUGCUACACCACCUUCUCCUGCUCCACCUGCAAUGAUUCAGACAGCAGCUUCAAUACAAUCCAGUUACUCAAUGCAAAAUGAUGCAGAAUCUUCUCCAUCAACCCCUCGGAGUUGUGUACCUAUGCCUCCUGCAAUGCCUUUGUUGCAGAAUCGUUAUGUAAGCUUGGAAAUAGGAGGAAUUACUCCAUUACGAAAAACUGGACCUGAAACUGUUGUUCAUACGCAUGCACCACAGAUGUCACCUCCUAUAGUGAAUCAUCAGCCAGGUGCUUAUAACAUGCCAACACAAAAACACAGACCAUCUCCAUUAUCAUGUAGUACCCAAGCAUAUAAUUCACAAAAUUCUCAAAAUGUGAUAUCGCCGACAAUGUAUUCUCCUGAAGGACAGCAUUUUAAUGCCAUGACAACAAGUGGACCACAAUUUGCUGGACCUUAUGACCAAAUGUAUCAAUGUGGUCCACAGCGUGUUAUGUCAUCUUCUAUGCCAACAUCAAACAGUUCUAUGAUUCCACAGUCUAAUCUUGGGAAAACAAGUGCAAUAUAUGACAGUUAUGGAAAUUCUCAUCAACCACAAAAUCACAUGUCUGUGCAAUCAUCUGUCUCAUCCAGUGACGAUCAUUGUCAUCUACCACAACAAUUACCAUUUCUAUCAGAAUUAUCUCAGAGACCACAAAGAGCAGGUGGCAAAGUUCCUCCGGCUACAUUGCCAAAGCCUGAUAGUGGACCGAAAAAUAUUCAAAAAUACAAUGGUGCUAAUUCUUAUGAACUAGGAGUAACUUCUCCAAAUGGACCUCUGCCUUCAAGGCCUAAUUCAAAUAUAGGCAAUAAGUCAAGACCGCCACCUCCUCCCCCUCAAAGGAGUGAAAAUACAAGACUUUCAAGUGAAAUCAAAACUACUAGUGCUGAUAUACAUUCUGUGCCAAAUUACGACCCCCUUUAUGAAAUCUUGGGUGAAUGUGAGGGACUCAUUGAUAUUAAUGAUCUUCCCCUCCCACCACCAGAACUGUUGGAGGGAAUUGGUGGAGGGGUUCCAAAGAAAGGAAAAGUACCUCCCCCACCACCAAAGAGGAGUUCAGAUACACAAUUGACUAGUCAGUAACUGCUGUUGUAUUAAUAUACCAGUGAAAUUCAUUUUUGUUUAGUUUCAGAUGACAUAAUAAUCUUAAUGUUUCAUGCAACCAUUAUAGUGCAGAGAAAAACAAUGAACAAUAUGUUAACAAGGAACUUGUCUUAAUUUGGGUAUUUGGAGCAUAUUAAACUUACAUUUUUUUGUAAUUUUAAUUCAGAUCUUUGUAAUUUGUGUAUAACUUUUCUAUAAUUGUUCAGUUGAAAGCCUGUUUUUAAACUCAGGACCCUGAAAAUUCAGUAUUUGUAUCAGAUUCUGUAAUCAUUUGGAUCUUGCUUAUAUCAGUCCUACAUCAAACAUUUAUACUUAGUCAACAUUUAAGUUUUUUUAAACAAAAGAGAAAUGUGUCAUUUAUAUUUUUUGUCUCAUUGAAUGCCACAUUUGUUCAUAGUUUUCCAUCAUAAGAACUAAAAGUAAAGGAUCGUGGAGAAAAAAGAUUUGUAUAUUAUCAUAAAAGAUUUCUGUAUUAUCUUAGGCAUUAGCGCGAGACAUUGCUAAGAGACACCUAAUCAAGGAGAAUCAACUAAACUUAGUACCAGAAUAUAUGAUCUGUUUCCACCCAAAACAAAGAUAGUAUCGUUUAGUAUGUUUUAUACUGCAGCAAUUAGACUGUAAUACAUGUUAACAUUAGAAAUAAUUAGGAAUAUAAAACCUUUUUUGUUUACUUUCUACAAUCCAUAGAUUAUAGUGCUGUAUAAAUCUGUCUCAGUAUGUUACACACAUAUAAGUCAUGUAUACAUUUGUAAUAUGUGAUCAGGUGCUGUCGUAUUUUUUUUUUUUUGAUAUAUAUGUAUAUGUAAAAUUUAUGUAACCAUGACAUAAAUGAAAGAAGAAAAGUAUGGAAGAAAAUAGUUCCAUAGUUUUUGGUUUUUUUUUUUACUUUUUUUAUCAGAAUAGUUAAUUCUGAACUUUAUCUUACGAUCAAAAACAGCCUGCAAUUGUUGGUAUUAUUUCCUUUGAGGUUAAAAAUACUAGAAUAUAUGUCAGUCUGAUCCUUUGAAGUUAAGUUCAGUAUAAGUAUGAGGUAUCUAUGAGGUCAUAUUUUGGUACUUUUAUUGCAUGUCUAAUCUUUUAUAGGGAUGCUGUCAUUUUUAAUGUUUUCUUCAAAACCAUUUUAAAUAACUAUGCCAAAUGAACCAAUGAAAGCAUUCUUCCUGAUUCCUUAAAAUAGCCGUAUUAGAACAAACUUUUAUGAAUUUUAGAUGCAUAUUUAUAUGUUGUGUACAUUAUUUGACAAUGAAAAUGUUUUGAGAUGAUUUAUUUUGAAAUUCUAGUCAUUUUUUAUCAGUUAUAAACUGUCAACUUUUUUAAAAAUCUUUUAAAUUGUUUUAAUUACUGUUUUACAUGUGUUGUUUUGUUUUGAAUAUUUUCCAGCAUUUAUGAGCAAACAAUUACCUUUUACAUUUUCUAUAUAUAACAUCUUAGUAAUAUAAUCAAAAUGUCAACUGGUUCAUUUUAUCCUUAUCUAUUUGCAGAUAAAUAAUAUUGAUGUUUUCCAUAAAGUUUUUUCUCAGUUGAGUGAAAUUUCGAACGCUUAGAAAAAAUACCUAAAUAUGGAAACAAUUUAAGACUGCCAUUAGAGAGUGAAUUAGAUAAUGAUUUUAAUGGUCAUAUGCAAUGUUUUGUAUGCCCCCAUUGCAGCGGAGGGGGCAUUGAGUGUUACCCUUGUCCAUCUGUAAGUCUGUACUUAUGUCCCGAAAUUAUACACAAUGCUUAUUACCCCAAAACACAGAUCACAUUUGAAUUAGGGUGGCAUCACUUUACUGUUCUAGAGUAAUGUUCCAUUAUAAUGUUAUAUGCAAGUGGGGACAUCAUCUGUGUCCCAUGGACACAUUCUUCAUUUAUUUUAAUAACCGACACCUAUGUACUAAUUUUUAAAUUAAAAUGUAUGGUGGUCUUGUCAUGAAAAACUGUAAGAAAUAGAAAAAAAGAAAUGAUAAUUGACUGUAUUUAUCUACUGUCCCAACAUCAAAAUGGUGUUUCACAGGGACAAAUAACAAAUACAAGAUAGGAUACUAGUGAACACCAAAUUUUUUUCACAAACUUAUUUAGACAUGUUAGAAGGCAAUGUUUUGAAUGUGCAGUUUUAUGAUUAAAACUUGAAAGUUAUAUUUGUCUAAAAACAUGUAUAUGACCAUUAAAAUCUUAGUCUUGAUAACACAAAAUAAGAUUUUGUUAUGGUUCAACUGUUAUGUUUUUGCUGUAAGUGGGUAUUUUGUUUUGUUAUGAUUUAAAAUUAAUAUUUAAUGUGAACAUUUAGAAAUGUGACAUAGAUUUUUGUCAGUCUACACAUUUGUAUUUGAAUUUGUUGACCUAUAGUCAAUCCAAAUCUAGCUCACUUGGCUUGCAGGUCCAUACAAGCUAUUGCCAUCACUUUGGUAUUUCAUCAUUCUUUUUUGUUAGUAAAUGAAAAACCAUAUUUUCCUCUGAAAACACUGAUAAUUGAACUAUUUUUUACAAGACUCAUCCUUAGGGUGUCUUUUUCCAUACAUAUAUUUACAGCUAAAGCCCCAGAUUAGGAAAAUUCAGAAAAAAAGUUUUUGCUGGAUUGGUUUCAGUAGACUGCCAUAGCCAGAACUUUUUUCCUUCAAUAUAAGCAUUUGAAAUGGUCCAUGUGUUCAGUGAGGUCCACUGUCUAUGCAUGCUUCAGCAAACUAUGCAUCAAAAAGAAUGAAAACCAUCAAAAUUAUGUUUUUUUUUUAGUGAAGUGUCUGAUUUUGGACAAAAUAUUUGUUGACUUUAAUGAUUCAAAAUUUAUCAAAAGAUUUACUUUUCUAUUGUUCUGCAGUCACUGGUUACUUUACUGUAGUUACAGCUCAUAUACAAAUCUCAGUAUGUCUGUCAUAGUUAAUAAGUUCUGCAUGAGUAUUUGAGAAUCCAUAUCUUAAUUUUUUUUCUAUGGGGUUCCCAGAGAGGUUUUACUUUUAUUUUUGACAUUCAAAUGGUUCUAAAUGACAUGUUACUUUCAAAUUAUUUAUAAAAGGAAUUUCCAAAACUUAUAACACUGUAAUUUUUUUAUUUGAAAUGACGUUUGUGUGACAAUUUGAUGGAGUUUCGAUACUUUAUGUAACAAGUAAUUUUUUUUUUAAAUCUUACUGGCUCAGUAUUAUUCAGAGAUGUCAGGUGAGCUCUACAGGUUUGGACCUUAUCAUUUUGUUUUAAUGGAUCUAACAGUUAAAACAGUGUCAAAACCAUAACUGAAAAAUAUGAAGAAAAAAGGACCUCAAAUAUAGUACAUAGUAUAAGAGAUACUUUCAUUGUCUUAAAUCAAGCUAGUAUGGUUAGAGUUGGUCAUUUGAUGUUUGGAUUAAACAGCUAGAAGGGAAAUUAAGUAGAACACUUUCAUAUCUAAAUAAGGGAUUAUAGGGGUGUAAGUUUAUCUUUAAUCAUGGAUUGUGUGCAAAAUGUAUACAAAUUGUGUAUUGUGAUUGCUUAUAAUAGAUAAGACUAGGCAUUUAUUGUCAGGUUUGUAAAACCUGUAUGUCGACAGAUAGAGUGCAACUCAUUUAAUAAAUUAUGUCUCAGAUUU